GAUGGCGGCGCACUGACAGCGUAACAUUUGCGUUUCUAGGAUCUUCGGGCUGCUGGUGGCUUAAGACUCUGGGGUUGUAGAGGCCCACACUAGACUAGUCGUCUGGAAGCAACUUAGACCUCAGAGAUGGCUCUGAGUAAAUCAAUGCAUGCAAGAAAUAGAUACAAGGACAAACCUCCUGACUUUGCAUAUCUGGCUUCCAAAUAUCCAGAUUUUCAGCAGCAUGUUCAGAUAAAUCUGAAUGGAAGAGUGAGUCUUAAUUUUAAAGACCCUGAAGCAGUCAGAGCUCUGACUUGUACUCUCCUAAGAGAAGAUUUUGGACUUUCUAUUGAUAUUCCGCUGGAGAGACUAAUUCCCACAGUUCCCUUGAGACUCAACUAUAUUCAUUGGGUAGAAGAUCUGAUCGGUCAUCAGGACUCUGACAAAAGUACUCUCCGAAGAGGAAUUGACAUAGGUACUGGGGCAUCCUGCAUCUAUCCUUUACUUGGAACAACCUUAAAUGGCUGGUAUUUCCUUGCAACAGAAGUAGAUGACAUGUGCUUCAACUAUGCAAAGAAGAAUGUGGAACAGAAUAACUUAUCGGAUCUUAUAAAAGUGGUAAAAGUACCACAGAAGACACUCCUGAUGGAUGCUCUUAAAGAAGAAUCUGAGAUAAUCUAUGACUUUUGCAUGUGCAACCCUCCCUUUUUUGCCAAUCAGUUGGAAGCCAAGGGAGUAAACUCUCGAAACCCUCGAAGACCCCCACCUAGCUCAGUAAAUACAGGAGGGAUCACAGAGAUCAUGGCAGAAGGAGGCGAAUUAGAGUUUGUUAAAAGGAUUAUCCAUGACAGUUUACAGCUUCAAAAAAGAUUAAGGUGGUAUAGCUGUAUGCUGGGAAAGAAAUGCAGCCUGGCUCCUCUGAAGGAAGAACUUCGAAUACAAGGGGUUCCUAAAGUCACCUACACUGAAUUCUGCCAAGGUCGGACAAUGAGGUGGGCUUUGGCUUGGAGUUUUUAUGAUGAUGUAACAGUACCAGAGAUUCCUCUCUGACCAUCAGACUCUCAUCUAUCAAGUUAGUUCAGAUACUGCCACCUGUGAAGUUUGCCCUCACUCUUCCUAAAUUGAUAUUGGGAUUCUGCUCCUGUGUUCACUCUUUGUCCAUAUUGUGUCUUCUACAUGGCAUCAACCUAGUAUAGUGUCUGGUCCUCAAAUAAUAAUUAUUAAAUAAAUGAAAAUGAAGGAAUAAAUGAUGUGGUACAGUGAUUCUCAGACUCUUCCACUGAAGUAUCAGCUAUAGGAGGAAGUGUUUUCUGACAAAUCCCUGGGCAUCAAGGUGACAAUAAAGAAUUUCCCAGGAAGCACUCUGUACUCUUGAAGUCUCUUCUUUUCUCUUUAAUAUGCAUUUGAAUUUUGUAUUGUAUUCCAUAAUAUAUAUCUUUGUUUUUAGUUUUUGAAGUUAAAUAAUUUUAAUAUUGAGUCAAUUGACAGUCUAGGAAGACACCUAGUGUUUACCUAUCAAUCACCUACGUUGACUGUUGACAGCUCAUGGCUAUUCUUGUUUCAUCUGUAUUCCAUAUACUCCUUCCCCCUGCCCUGACGAUUCUGAAGCAAAUCUCAGACAGUAUAUUAUCCAUAACCAUUUUCAUAUUUAUCUGUAAAAGGUAAAGAUUCUUUAAAAAAAAACAUAACCACAAUAAUUUAUAAUUCCUUCAUGUUGGCUGUAUAGUUGAUCAAAUUUUUCUUACUGUCUCAGAUGUCUUAAAGUUUGUCAAACUAGAGUCUUACUAAGUUUUAUGUGUUGCAGUUGAUAGAUAUAUCCUUUGAAUUGCUUUUAGUAUGGUUGUCCACCCCCUCUUUCCCCCUUCUGUCACCCACUCCCUUGUAAUUUAUUUGUUAAAGAAAAUGGGAUAUUUGUCCUGUAGAGUUUUUUAUAUCUGGAUUUUUCUGAGUGCAUCUCCGUGGUGUUAAUAUGUUCCUCAGACCCUGUCUUUCCUAUAAAUUGGCAGUUAGAGCCAGAGGCAUGAUCAGAUAUUGUACAGUUUUGAUGGGGGGUGGGGGAGAGACUGCUUUCUAGGUGGUGUGUGGUAUGCUUCAGAGCUUCCAUCAGGAGGCACAUAAUGUUUGCUUUUGUCUUCUUACAAUGUGAGCAGUCAUUGAUGAUCAUUGCCUGGAUCCAUUAAUUCAUUUAGAGUUGCAGAAUGUUGAUAUUCUGAUUCUAUUCUUCCUUCUUUAUUGCUAAAGUACUUAUAAAGAGAAACUUCCCCUUAUCAACUAUUUGGUUACGUUGAGGUACAGUUCAUCUGGUAAAGGCAGGAUAAAUGCUUGAUUAUUUUGCUUUACUUUUCAGUUUUAAGAAUAAUGAGUUAGUGGUUCCCUAGCAUCUCCCAGAAGUGACCAAAGAGGGUGGUUUAGGUUUUGUUUUUAGACUAUUAUGAACUCAUGGAUUUACACUUUCAGUAUUUCUCAGUCUGUUACACUUAUUAUCUUUAUUGAUACACAGAUUAUGUCCCAUCUUUGCCCAUGGAGUGUUUAUUCAAGUUGGAUGCUGAGUCGUCUUAUCAUACUAGAGUCUUGGGUAGUAGCUCCCUUGCUGUCUAGUAUGACAGGUUGCUCCCCCCAAAAAUACGUUUUUUUCUUCCCCAGAGCUGGCAGCAACUAUUUUUCGAUUUUGUUUUUAAAGAUAAAAUACAUCCUAGUUCCGACUUUCUAUUUAGUUUCUACUUAACUUCACCAAUUGUCUAUCUAUAUCUCCCGUUCAAAAAUUCCAUGCCAAAAAUCUCAGCCCUUGACCAUAAUUAAUUACUCAUUUGUUUUGGCCCAUGAUACACCACGGCAGUCUCAAAGUUAACAUCACCAAAUGAUUUGUGAAAAUAGCUUUUUAUUUUUUUUCAUUCUUUUGUCCUUGGGGACUGUCUCAUGAUGGAUUUUAAAGUCAUUUGGAAUGUUCCUUUUUGUGGGUUUAUGCCACCAGUCCGUACACAGUUACGUUCAUUUGUUUCAUUCUACUUUAUAUUUUUAGGGAUUGCCUCUUUUUGUACUAUUUAAUUUUGUUUUGUAAUUGUAAAAGAUAUUUACCCAUGGUUUCAAAAUCAGAUAUUGAAAAGGAUAUAGUUAGAAGUCUAGCUUCUUUCUCUUGUCUCUUUCACCCCAAUCAAUCCCUCUUCUCUUUGGGUUACUAUUUAAACGAUUGUAUAAUUCAUCCUUCCAUUGUUUUUUGUUUGGUUGUUUUAGUAUAAAGAAAUACAUAUGUAGUUAUAGCCACCCCUUCUUAGAUAGGUAGCAUUCUACAUAAACUUUUCUUCCCCUUGAUUAUUUACUUUUUAUUGUUUUUGAAUAUAUCUAGGAAUGAUUACAGGGACAUUUUAGAAACAGUAACCUGGCAGAUUAGGUAACAACAGAAAUGCCACUGGCUGUUAAUAAGGAAGCCGCACUUUUAGACAACAAAAUAUUUUGUCCACUUCAUGGCAGCAGAGCUGAUACACAUUUGAAUAAGGCAAGAUGGUCUGACUGUCCUUCCCAGCGCACCUCCUUUGUGUAUUCCAGCCAGGUGUCAGCGUUGGCUGCUUGGCUUUGUUUCUCCAUAAAUGACAGCCUGUGCUGAAUAACAGCUUACAGACAUUCUGCUUGUUCCUGGAGGACCUGGGGCAGUAGCCAUUCAGAGUAUGGUAGAGCAGGGAGGACCCCAGUGCGGUAGCCAAGAGCACUCCUUUCCCCUCCAGACCAUUCUAGAAGCUGCUUUGUCUAAACGAGGAGGCUGUGACUUCAUGCUCAGCAGAUCUUAGUGAAUGACUCCCUUUUCCUGCAGAUACGAGGGAGCUCUUAAAGCUUUCAUGCAGCCUGUGGCUUCAUUGGGAGUUUCUGCCUUAGCUGUAGUUAACAGCAGAGCUUCAGCAGCAUAGCAGAUGCUACACGGGAUUGCGUCAUUUACACCUAAUUUGAAAGUCUCCUGACUAAUUGUACCACUGAGAUCUAGAAAUUAAUAUAAGAGUGAUGAUUUAAGAAAUUUAAAGACGGCUCUGCUAGGUAAAGCGUAUUUUAAAAAUUUAAGAACUGUUUUUGUCCAAUUUAUGGUUUCAGUAUAGUAACACUUGACGCUCCUCCCCCUGUUGAUUUUUAUUCAUUGAAUCCUUGCAGUUCAAGCAAUACAAAACCUGUAUCCGCUGCGGGACUUACAGCUCCCCAGCAAACUUCUUUCACAUUGUAAUUUCAGCUGGGCAAUACAGUAGUUCAUCUUCUAAUCCAAAACCAGUUGUAAAUUCACUUUCUGAUUCUUUGCACUAAACUGAAUUAACCAUUGUAAAUUAUUGAUUUUUAAAUUUAUGCUUUAAAAUGUUGAAUUAUUUAUGUUACUUUGUCUUGUAAACUAUAUUAUGACAGUUUGAGUGUAGAACUCUUCAUUGAAAAUAUUUGUGGUUUGAGAUUUAAAAGCAUAUUAGCAAAUUAAGAUUGUCUCAAUUAGGGAAAAACAGAUAGCUUCUAUUUACUGGUGUUGUAACAGGGUAUAUAUACAGUUACCUACUGUUGAACCUGUGGAGUUGAAUUUAACUGUUAAUUUCUUUAAGACCUGCUUCUGUAUUUUACUCUGGCCCUGCCUACUAAGAAUUUACAGUACGAACGAGAAAGGGAGAGGAAUGAUUGCUGUAAGCCAGGCUUAAGUUAAUCUUUAAUCAUUUAAAAACUUUGAGAAUUUCUAAAGUAUAAAUUAUCUGUCUCUUUGAGUGCCUACCUAGUUUCUAUAAUAGAGUAAAACUAAAACAAUCCCGAGAAUAUGUGUGUGUAUUAAAACAAUUCACUAAAAAUCUUCAGAAAUACCAGAUUUGUUGAUUGACCAUUGUAUAUGGAACACUGGAGCCAGGAUGCAAGGUAAAGGAGCAAUAUAUGAGAUAGAGAAGGUUUCAUUUUAGUACUGGUGUAAGAAGGCAGUAAACUGUUUUGUUGUUUCUGACUCGCUUGGAACUUGUGAAGUGGAUACUUGAUAGAGCUCUUGUUAAGUUUGGGGAGGAUGCAUUUUUCUCCUUUAGUUCUAGAAAUGAUGAUGAGUCCAUUCUUACUUUUGGAGAAGAAUAGUGCAGGAAAUGAGAGACGCAGCAAUACCUUCACUUCGCUGGUUGGAAUUGCAGGAAAUGAGAGACGCAGCAAUACCUUCACUUCGCUGGUUGGAAUUUGUGAGCACAAAUGAUUACCACCUCUGUCAGAAGAGAGAUGGGGCGUUAUCCUUUUAGCCAUAUUUGUAGAUGACCUUUGGUGUGCUGUCAGGGAUGGCCCUGUGACGGUGACCUUUCCAUGUUAACAGCCUUGGAUAUCAGGAAGUGGAAAGGGAAUCUGAUUCUUCUCCCCCAUCCUCCUCCUACAACACCACCAUCUUUUUUCACCCCCAGCUUAAUAAUCAUAUCUUAAGCUCCUUAGUGCAAAGUGUUAGGCUGUCCAUAAUUGUAGAAAUUAUGUUUCUUAUGCUGGGUGAUUGAGUAAUAACAAUACUACUGUCUUAAUGUCAACAUGAAUUUGUCUCAUCUUGUCUGAAACAUUAACUGAGCAAGUUCAGACUCAGGGCUUAGAGUCCACCAUUCAUUUCUCAAGAGCAGGUUUCUGACUCAUACACACACCCUUUGUUUUUGGUCCUUUUCUUCUAAGCUUGUUUUCUAUUGUUCUUUAAUUUCCAUUUUUUAUUAGUUAGUAUCUGGUAUAAAGGGAAAAUGUAGAUUGUUUCUAAGAAAUACCAUCUAAAAGUUUUCUAGCAUAGAAUAAACUGGAUAUUUUGUUGUGUAUGUGUGGGGUAGGGAGUUACUGGUUAGUUCCUAUAAGGCCUCACCCAGUAACUGGACCUGACUAUGUGUGUAUAUGGACAUGCUCUGUCACUGUUUCCAGGCAGAAUUGGAGUUAGCAGCACAAUUAUCAGAGGCCUUUCUUUAGGAGAAGAUCUUCAAAGCUGACUAGGUGUUUUCUUUUUUUGAGCCUUUCUUCUUAUAAUCCUGCUCAUUUUGACCCAUUUAACCUUAGAAUUAGCUUAAUUUUUUUUAAGUUUUGAUAAAAGUUGUCUACAAGUCUGUCUCUUAAAGUAUCCAUAAUAUAUCUGGUAUUAGCUGAGUCAUUUUUAAAAAUUUAGCAAGUUUUUACUUUAAAGAAAUAAACUUUAAAUACAGCAGUGUCACUUGGUUUUUAAAAUGGAACUUGAGUCCCUCUAGUGGGUAGAGUGUAAAUCACUUUCCAAGCUUGAAAUUUAAAGAAAGACGACAACCUUGAGUUAUGUGGAACCAGCUUUCAAAUCCGCUGUUCUCUUCGGUACUGGUGUCCCCUCUCCCCAGCUGAGAGGCAGUGCUUAGCUGGCCACUGGCUUGGCCCUAAUGUUAACCAAGAUUCAGCGUCCUUUUCCGCCCAUGUAAUUCUGAUGGCCCUGGUCAUUCCUAGCAUGUGAUCUCACAAACUGUGGCUCACCAGCUGCUUUCUUUCAAGCCUUGGCAAGUAUAAACUCAGGCUACAAGGUGGUGAUUUUAAGCCAUGCAUUUCUUUAUAGAAAAUAACACAAUGCCCUUGGGGUCCUUGAGGUGCCAUGAAAGAAAUACUUGCACAGGCCUGUUUUGGGCACAACAGGUAGAUUAAGGACCUUUAGUAAGUGGAGGAGUUACGUACUGAUAGCCAGAACACAGGCAGCAUGGUAUGGCAGAAAAGAACCUGGCUUUGGGGUUCAAAUCCUAACUUGACAAAUACUAACUGUGCGACCUGGAGCUGAUGACAUAGGCUCUCUGUAUCUUAGUUUUUCCCUUCUGUAAAAUGGGGAGAUGAUAAACCCAUUUUGCAGCGUUGUUUUGAGUAUUAAACAUAAAGAUGCAAAGGCCUUUGUGUUUUUAGUGCUCUGUGAUUGGUAGCAGAGGUCAUGGUUAUUUCCCAAGCUGAAUUCAUUAUAAGGCAUGAGAUUUAGUUAUUUGGAUAACCUUCCCUCUUCUCCCAUGCCUUCUUUUUC